GUGCGUCUUAUAAGACCGUGGACUAGCCUAGGGAGAUGAUUUCAGACAUUCUGAAAUGUUCCAAAGAUUGAGAGAACAAUAUUCAGGGUUCGAACAUUGAGAUUUGAUUCUCACAUGUAUGACAACAGUUGCAAAUUUUUCAUCAGGAGCUGAGCAAUCUAGUAUGGAUUAUGAUGCUGAUGAUCAAGUAGAGAUUGGAGAAGAAGAAGAAGAAGAAAGUGAAGUAUGGAAGACGAUUAGUAAAAGUUUUCAACAAGUACAAGCAAUUUUAGAUCAAAAUCGGAUAUUAAUCCAACAAGUUAAUGAGAAUCAUCAAUCAAAGAUUCCACAAAAUCUUGCUAAGAAUGUUGCCCUAAUUCGAGAUAUCAAUAUUAAUGUCUCUAAAGUUGCGUCUAUUUACACUGAGCUUUCUACAAAUUUCUCUGGUUUCUUUCAUCAAAGUCGUGGGGAGAUGAAGAAUCAAGUGGAAUACGCAGCUGAUGCUACAACUACAGAUGGUUGCGGGAUACACAUCUUCAUGUUCUACCCUCAGAUGUGAUAAGGUACUUAUCGUUUAUGUAUUGAUAUCUUUGUUGUGAUAAUUCAGAGUGAGAUUGAAUGAGUUCAAGCAAAAGAAUUGUAGGAAUUGAUAGGUUAAUCGUACUUGUAGUUUAUUAUG